CUUCGUGACGUUAGGUGUGUAGUUCGUCGUUCCAUUAAAAUCUACAUACCGGUCUCUAUUUAAUUCGUCGGUUUUAAAGUGAAGUGUCAACAUGGUUAAAAAGUGAUUUUGUUACAAUUAAGUGUCGCAUUAGUGUGUAAUCAUUGUUUGUGAUAGUGAUUAAUUUAUUUGAACGCGUUUCAAGUAAAAGUUAUUGGAAAGGUUUUUGCUGAGAGGUGAAGUCGCAAUUCUUCGUAAAAAUUCGCGAAAUGUUCGUGAAAAAACCGUUAAACGAGAUGUGGCGUUAAUCGAACGGCAUUCAAUGGCGAUUAUUUAUACUUAUAUUCGUCGAAGGGACCAAUUUUUAAGUUCUUUACGUUUCACUUUGACGAGGAAUUUAUUUUAAAGCGAGAGUGGACGACAAAAAAAACAAAUUUCAAUUAAAAGUUGAAAUAUUGUAAAACUUUAGAAAUAAUUUCUAAAACAAAGUUUGCAUAAUUAAACGUCUGAACAUCGAUUCCAUGUGAGUAAUCUUCGAUUAAAGUUGCUGUACAGAAGAUUAUUGAAUUAUAGAGAAAGUUUUUUCUAAUAAACUGACAAUAUUUUCUCGAGCUAAUAAUUGUCUUUGGUGAUAACUCUUGGCUUUUGACAAUUUUGAAAAUAAAUAGUUCAUUUAAAGUUAAGAAGUUGAAUGUUGGAGGUGAAAGAUUAAGGGAACGAAUAAAAAGAAGGUGGUAGGAGAUUUAAUGGUGCAUACUAAUUGGUCGUGACACCCAGUUGGGGACAUGUCAAGACUGAAGAAUAAACCGGUGGCCGGUUAUGUCACGAACCGGAACGCAGAUCGUAACAACAUUUAAGAGGAAUUUUGUAGUGAGAUCCUCACGUAAACAUCGAACAGCAAACGAGAAGUAGUAUAGAAGAGAAAAACAAAAACAAGAAGUUCAACACAAAAAGAGGAACAUUUUGCUUCCUGAACAACCGGAAGUCAUAUGCCCAUACACGCUCGUAAAACGCGGACUGUCUGCGAAGAAAUAGAAAUGGUUGAGCUGAGUGGAAGUAGUCAGCCGACCGUGAUGCAGCUAGCACAAUUCAGUAGUGCUGGAUUACCAAGUUUAGCAUCAGCACCAGCAUCUUCAUCAUCUUCUUCAACGACAACCGCAGCUUCUUCAUCAACAACAAGUCGUACUGGAGUCCUGGAGACUCAAGUACGUGGUCAGUGGUAUAAAGUUUUUGUAUCAUUGGAAGAUGAUUUUCUCAGUAUAUCAUUAGACGACAGUUAUGAUCACGUUCUAGCUGGAAAUGGUCCUCUUAAUGGUAAUUCUAAUAACAACAGUAUCGAUAGUUUAGAUCCGGAUGUACCGGACUCUGUUGCUAAUCAAAAAAGAAUAGUGCGUGUGAUAAAAAGUGAUAACAAUGGAUUGGGUAUAUCUAUUAAAGGUGGUAAAGAAAAUAAAAUGCCUAUUCUUAUUUCAAAAAUUUUCAAAGGCAUGGCUGCUGAUGCUACUGAACAGUUAUAUGUUGGUGAUGCUAUUUUGGCCGUUAAUGGUGAAGAUUUACGUGAAGCUACUCAUGAUGAAGCUGUCAAGGCCCUUAAACGUGCGGGGAAAGUUGUAGAGCUUGAGGUUAAAUAUCUACGUGAAGUUACACCAUACUUCAGGAAGGCUUCCAUCAUUCAAGAAGUUGGUUGGGAACUCCAACGAGGUUUUUUAAGUAUAACUCCACCCCCACCCAAGUCACCCCCAAGAGCGGACACACGUUAUCUACCCUUACAACUGUGCAGACUUACACGAGCUCAUCCAUCUACUGAUCCUGAAGGACGAAUUUUAGAGCUUCACUCACCUGAUGGAGUUCAUGAAUGUUGGCUAAGAGCUAGUGAUUGUACUGAAGCUAGUGUCUGGUUCAAUGCUAUUCAUUCUACACUCACCAUGUUAACAUUGAAGGCUUUAAGACUUGCAUCAGCUUUACCUGACCCACCACAUCUCCAACAUAUUGGCUGGUUAGCACGGAGACAUUGUGUUCAGAAUGGCCGUGCUAGCAGUGAAAGCAGUGAAGACGGUGCUGGUAGUAGUACAAGCAUGUCUAGGGCAACGGGAAGUGGUUAUGGACUUGGAGGUGGAGUUGGAUGCUCAGGAGGUUGGCGUAGUGUCUUCGGGGCAGUUUCCAGCAGAGAGUUAAGGCUUUAUGAAUGUGCACCAUGGAGCCCAGAGGCAUGGGCGUCUCCAAGCAUCACCUGUCCACUUAUAGCAACCAGACUGGUUUCAUCAUCAUCUAGAAGUAAUGAAGCAUCCAGUAGUAAUGGUGGUACAAUGAGCGGAGCAACUUUUGCUGUACGCGUUGGCACCAUGGACGGAGUUAUUACACAUCACCUGAGGGCUGAAACACGAAGAGAUUUAGCUGCCUGGGCGAGAGCGAUAGUUCAAGGGUGUCAUGCAGCAGCACUCUCGUUACGAGAAUAUACAGUUCGAUGUUUGUGGCAAGGAAGACCAUGUCAGUUGGUUGUCAGUCAUGAAGAAGGAUUUAUUCUAUAUGCGAGUGGAUCAAGAGCUGUAAAUGGAGUCAGUCCAGGAUCACCACCGGUUCCAUUGUGGAAAAAAUCUUUUGAAAAACUUCGAAUGUCUGCUGAUGACGGCACGAGACUGCUAUGGCUUGACUUUGCAGAUGAUGAUGCAGAGAUUGAACUGGAUCUUGAGAGCUGUCCGAAGCCAAUUGUCUUUGUUCUUCAUAAUUUCCUGUCAGCAAAAAUACACCGCCUUGGAUUGAACGCAUAGGGGUACGAGGGGGCUUCGCAAGAAGUCCCCGAUCUACCGCCACACACCACCAGGUCGGUCACUAGUGUAUUUUUUCACUAAACAUAUUACCUAUGGUGCUGGCUUGAUGUCGGACUAAACAUAGACUUUACCCCUGAUUGAAAUUGGAACUAUUCUUCCGGUUUAUUACUCAGGAUCAGUGAUGAAUAAAUGAUCUUGAUACCUCCACAGAACAUUUAGACAUUAAUAUAUAAAUUACUUAGUGGCGAAAAUUAUUUAAUAAUUUGUGUAAAUUAAGUUUAAAAAAAAAAAAAUUUUAUUUAUUGUUUUGUAAUUGUAUUUGA